UCAUCAUUUACUUUUCAUGAAGUAGUGCACCCCCUUCCCCUCUAAUCUCUAUAGAGUAAAGCACCCAAAAAAAACCUCUCCCUCACAAAUUAUCCAAGAUAGCAAAAGAAAAAAGGCAUAUCAUAAAAAGAAAAGAGCUAAAACUAAAAAAACACUUUUUUAAGAGUUAAAUGUAAGAAUUAAGACCGCAAAGCUCCGUUUAAACCGGUCCCAUCACCCAUGUAAUAAAAAACAUCAUCUUUUAAUUUAAUUUUCUAAUCCAAUUCCUCACGGAUCUACUCUUUCUUUUUCCCUUUCUCUUGAAAUCAAAAGAUUGCAUCUUUGAAUCAAAACAAGCAUUACCAACAAUCACACAAGGAAAAGAUCAGAUUUUGCAAAAUGCCCAACAAUUAGUUGAAUCCCAUUAUUUUCACUUCAAACUCUCUCUUUAAAAUACCCAUCAGCUAAUUAAUAAUUAUCUUUUAAAAGGGGGCAAAAUGAAGAAAGUGGCGGUGGGUGCAGCGGUGGUAUGUGCAGCGGCGGUGUGUGCGGCGGCAGCAGUGGUUGUGAGACAAAGGAUGAAAAGAUCAAGCGAGUGGGCCCGUGCAAUGGCUAUACUAAAGGAGCUUGAUGAAAAGUGUGGGACCCCUUUGGGUAAACUCAGACAGGUGGCUGAUGCUAUGACCGUUGAGAUGCAUGCUGGUCUUGCAUCUGAAGGUGGUUCUAAGCUUAAGAUGCUUAUCAGCUAUGUUGACAAUUUACCUACUGGGGAUGAAAAUGGGUUGUUCUAUGCAUUAGACCUUGGUGGUACCAAUUUCCGAGUACUCCGCGUAAAGUUGGGUGGCAAAGAACAAGGUGUUGUGCAACAAGAAUUUGAUGAAGUAUCAAUUCCUCCUGAAUUGAUGGUUGGGACAUCAGACCAACUAUUUGAUUACAUUGCUGAUGCUCUUGCAAAGUUUGUUGCAACUGAAGGUGAAGGUCUUCAUCCAGAACCCAAUAAACAAAGGGAGUUGGGAUUUACCUUUUCUUUCCCUGUAAAACAAACAUCAAUUGCAUCCGGGACUCUAAUAAGAUGGACAAAGGGAUUCAACAUAGCUGAUGCAGUUGGUGAAGAUGUAGUGGCAGAGCUGACCAAAGCCAUGCAAAGGAAGGGUGUGGAUAUGCGUGUCACAGCUUUGGUCAAUGAUACUGUUGGAACCUUAGCUGGUGGUAGGUAUUAUAAAGGAGAUGUAAUUGCUGCUGUUAUAUUGGGUACUGGAACAAAUGCAGCUUAUGUCGAACGCGCUAGUGCAAUUCCCAAGUGGCAUGGUCCGUUGCCUAAAACUGGGGAAAUGGUUAUCAACAUGGAGUGGGGCAAUUUCCGUUCGUCACAUCUACCUUUGACCGAGUAUGAUGAGGCAUUAGAUGAAGAAAGUUUGAAUCCUGGUGAACAAAUAUAUGAGAAAAUGAUAUCUGGAAUGUACUUGGGGGAGAUCGUGCGCAGAGUCUUGUUUAAAAUGGCAGAAGAGGCCAACGUUUUUGGUGAUACAGUUCCGGCAAAACUGCGAACUCCAUUUGUCUUAAGGACUCCGGAUAUGUCGGCUAUGCAUCAUGACACAUCACCUGAUCUUAAAGUUGUUGCAAGCAAACUGAAAGAUGUCUUGGGGAUAACAGAUACGUCAUUGAAGGUGAGAAAGGUAGUUGUAGACGUUUGCGACAUUAUUGCUUCUCGAGGAGCCUGCCUUUCUGCAGCUGGGAUCUUUGGCAUUAUUAAGAAACUUGGAAGAGACACAUUGAAGCAAGGCGAGAAUCAAAAGUCCGUGAUUGCGUUAGAUGGCGGUUUGUUUGAACACUAUACCAAGUUUCGUGAGUGCAUGGAGGACACAUUGAAUGAACUGCUGGGUGAUGAAGUCGCUGAAACCAUCAUAAUCGAGCACUCAAACGAUGGAUCAGGCAUUGGAGCUGCCCUCCUGGCCGCGUCACAUUCCCAAUACCUCGAAGAAGAAUCUUGAGGGGACAACUUUAGGUAUUGAGAGAUAUCAAUCCUUUAUCCUCAAUUUUGUACCAAUUUUAUUUGAUAAAACUUUUCUUGAGCUCCUAGAUUCUUGGAGUUCAUAUCCAAAAGAUUUUGUAAGACUUUGCUGCCCCUGUGAAGAAUAAAUCCCACCAAGACUUGUCCCAGCUAGCUGCUCGGAAAAAUGUCAUGAAGCUCAUCAAUUGAGGAUAUAUACCGGGUCCGGGUGAGGGCAUCGAUGUUGUAAGGUAUUCGAGACGAUAUUAUUUUGGACCAAAAGCUUAUGGGUUCAUUAAAACACAUACAUUGAGAAAACGUCAAGUGUUCCAUAUUCCAUCGAAAUUGCAUUCAAUAACGAUUGCAUCGAGGCUUAUAUUUAACAA